AUGCAAAAUUUCGAAGGUGAAACUUUAGUCCGCUAACUGAUAUCAGAUAUAAGUAGACCUAUUGUUGAAAAGUAACCAAAUCAUUGUAAAAUAGACUUGAAAAUGUAUAGAAGGAAUUCGAAAAUAUCAAGCUCUUUCUCCAUCAACACAAUAGAAAGAUAGAUAUUUUGUCAGAUUAAUCAGAUUAAUUAUCUUUUGAUAUGUAGUGUAAUACAAUUUAUAAUAGCAAACUUAAUAAUGAUGUGAUCGAGCAACUAAGAAAGAAUACAAUAGAAGAUUAAUAAAAAGUAUUUGAAAUAGAAAACCAUUUAAAUUUGGAGUUCAAUAAAACUAGAUUAGAAUAAGGAGCUCUAAAACUAGAACAGGAUAGUUUGAAGAAGAAUAUAAAUAUAUUAGGAGAUGUUUAAUAAAGUUUGACUGAGAGAAUUGAAAUAUAUAAUAAUUAUCUAAGUUAGAAAGUGUAUCAACAAGAGUUUGCUAUUAGUAAUGUCGAUACAUCUAAUUCUAAAAUCAUCAAAUAAUUAACAGACAUAAAUCUCUAAGUAAAUAAUCAACUAUUUAUUAGAAUCAAGAUGAAAUAUAAACUCAAAAAAUACAAACAUAAGAUAUAUUAUCAAAACUUUAACAUAAUUCAUAAGAACUUAAUAAAAUCAUAUGCAGUUAAUAAUGGAUGUAAGAUAUGAUUGUUGAAUUAAGAUAAAAGUCAUAAUUCUAUGUGACUAUUGAUCAAAUAGAUUUAGUAUAACAAAAUCCAUUAAAGAAUCUUCCAUCAAUCAUUACUGAGAAUUGUUAAAUUUCAAAGUAUUAAUCAUAUUGUUAUUAGUUAAGUAAUUAAAGAAGAUUUUUAAGAAACUAUUGAUGAAAAAUUUAAAGAACUAAAAAAAUAUGUUGAUAAAUAAAUAUAAUAAUCAAAAGAAUAAAAUUCAAUCUAAAUAGAGGAAUUAUAAAAAGCAUUAGCAACUCUUAAGUAAGAUUUUGUUAGAAGACUUCAAUAAACUAAUUCUAAUUUAAAAGAUACUAAUGAGAAGUUAUCAACUUAAAUAACUGUAGUCUAAGAUUAAAAAUUAAAUUCUAAAUAGUAAAUCAGUUAAUUUAAUGAAUAAAUCCAAAAAUAAUUUUUAAAGGUUUCUUAAGAUAUUUAAACUAUUUAAACUAAUAUAACUGGGUUAGAUCUUCGAAUGGCAGAAACACAUUUAAAGGUUGUUCAUGUUUAAGAAAAGUAACAGUAAUCAUAAGUGGAUCAGACAACAUUCGAAUAUUUUAAUAAUUAAAAUGAAAUUAUAAGUCUUCUGCCUAUAAAAUAAGAUUCCUAAUAUUCUGAUUCUUUUUAAUUCAAUAAUGCAGUUACUUAAAAAUUUAUAAAAGCUGAUUAAUCUAUUUAAUUUCAACCUACUUAAUCAAUUGGUACAAAAAAGUAAAGAGAAAUCUAACUUUUUGAGUCAGAUUAAGCACAAACUGUGAUAUAAAAUUUAGAUCAUUAGAGUAAUAUAACUACACCUCAUAUAAAAGUUUAAAAUGAAAUAAUUAAACUAAAGUCAGAUUUCUUUAAUGAAUAACAAUACAAUCAAAAUCAAAUGAAUAAUUUACUUAAAUAAAAAACCAUUACAGAUUAAACAUUAUAAGAGAUUGAUAAAUAACUAAAAUAAUUUAAUUAAUAUUUUGGAGUGAUUUUUUCUUUAAUUUUACAUAAUGAAUUAAUUGGAACAGAUUAUUAAGCAAAGAUUUUAGGAAAUGGAUUUAAGUUUGAAUUCUUACCUUUUUAAUAGGAUGAGAGAACUAUUAUAUCAUAUUAAAAUAAUAAGAUUUCAAAAAUAGAUCUUUUAAUGAAAACAAUUAUUAGUACUUAUUCCAUAAUUAAGAAAUAAAGAUAAAAUACAUUAGAAUUUUAAUAAGAAAAAAAGAGACAUAAUACAGAGACAAGUAGAGAUUUAUAAAGUAAUAUUUAUAACUAUUAUUAUAGCCAUGUAUCCUAAUAAAAAGAAUAGAUUCUUAGAUGAUAAAUAAUAUAUUACUUAGACUGAAAGACUCAAUUUAUCUCUGGAUAAUACAGCAUAUCAAUAAUUACCAAAAUAAAAAGUGAAGAAGGUUCUAGUAAAAUAUAAGAAACUAUUGGAUUGA